AUGACUCAUGCGUCUCAGCACACAGGCUCUCACCAGGUGCCCGAAGCCAGGAAGCUUUAUAUCGUUGACUCCAUAAACGACUUAAACAAACUGAACCUCUGUCCGGCUGAGUCGCAGCAUCUGUUCCCUCUAGAGGAGAAAAUCCCAGAGCUUGGCGCAAGCUCAGGACAUGGAAGCCGGAGUCUGCUUUUCGUGGGGCUGCUGAUCCUGCUGACGGUCAGCCUGGCUCUGGUCUCCUUUGCCAUCUUUCUAAUCAUUCAAACCGGACACAGGAUGGAUGAUGUAUCAAGGAGACUAACAGCUGAGGGAAGGGACAUAGAUGAUCUGAAGAAAAUCAACAACAUGAUUGUCCAGCGGCUCAACCAACUGGACUUGACCCAGGACUGAAGAAGGAAUGAUUUUGCAAGAAUGACUGCUGACACCUCAGGCCUGAGAAAGUCACUUCUUCCAGGCAACGUAUUUGUCUGAAGAGAAACAUGACCUGGAUCUUAUGUGUGGCAAGCAUGAAGGGUGCAACUCCAAGCCCAGCGGGUUUGGGGAAGAGGAGCUAGAAAGGGGUUCCGUUAGCCCAGCCUCGUCUUCUGGGGGGACGUGCUUCAGCUAUAAUGGGGUGACAGCAGUGUGGCUCACGUGGAGAAUCCUAAAAAAGCAAGAGAAUUUAACCAUGCAUAUGUAGCUUUCUUACAAAAGGGAGAGGGUCACUGUGCCAUUGUGAUGCCUCAUACUCCUUGGAAAUUUCCUUCCAG